AUGGCUGGUCAUCUUCCCCGUCGACGCAUCGUCCUGUCCAACCUGCCACUCGAGCCUAGUGGAUCAGCCACCCAGACCGAACCUGCAGUUGAAGUUUUGACAGAGCAGUUGCAGACUGAGGAGAUGUUUGGAGGCCUGCUUCGCAAAACGCCUGUGGGGACUGUCUCUGCUGUUCCCACUAAAUUUGAUGGAUCAGGACUUCCCAAGAUUGAAGCUGCUCCCGGAAGCGGCGUUGUCUUUCCUGGUGGUCUCAACGUGUACUUCCUGGAUCUUGCGCCUGGAUGCACAACUCCCAUGCAUCGCACUCCCUCGGUCGACUACGUCGUUGUCAAUGAAGGAACCCCGACCCUUGUUACUCCUAAGACGGCGUUCAGUGUGGAAAACGACAAGGGGGCCUGGAAUGAAGUUGUUGAGACUACCCUCCGCCCUGGAGAUGUUGCCGUCCAGCGAGGAGCCAUGCAUGUGUGGGCCAAUCGUUCUGACACCUGGGUUCGUAUGCUCGGUGUUAUCGUCGACGCUAAACCAUCUCAGGUUGAGGUUGGCGGAAAUGUGGUGCAAUUGGGUGAGAGAUGGCUUCAAUGA